UCGGUUGAAAGGAUAAACUACAUUUCAUUCGAUAAAUUGAUUUUUGUUAUCUUUUGAAAAAAGUUAAAGGAAUCAAUACUAUAUACAAAAACAAGGGGUGGAAAAGAUACGGAGCUCGUAGAAUGGCGGUGGAAUGCCGGGAAACGUCACGUGAUUACUUGUAACAAUACGCUGUUUGUUGCCGACUCCAAUCAAUACGGUGAAAUGUUCUAAACAUAUCUUGACUGUGUCGGUAGUAUAUCACUGUGAGCACAGAGAUUGGUUGACUAUGAUUUACCGGAACUUUUUCAAAUUCUAUCAGUGGCAAUUCUUGUUAAGAGGAUCUUCCCCUUGUAUCAGUCAGCAGACAAUCCCAAGGGAAUGAAAUGAAAUCGAUCUCCUCGAUUCUGCAUGCAACGGAGCCCACAAAAGUUAUUGCUUGAGAGCUGCGGGUGUUUUGAAGUCGCUACAAGUUCUAGGGACUGCAAGGUGUAAAAAUGAGUCAAACCAGCGAGUUACUGUCUGACGACGAUACCGCCAGCGGUGUGACGUACUCCGACAAGUACCCGUAUACAGCGUCAUCAGGAGGCUCCGAUCGGGAGGAGCGCGGGAAACUGGAGAGACAACACACGGAAAUCUCGGAAUUAUCAGACGACAGUUAUUUAACGUAUCAACCUCUUCUACCAAACGACACCGAGGGGGGAGGCGCACUCGGUGGUGAAAACCCAGCGGCUGAUAAUGAAGAAAUACAGUGCAGUUGUGAUAGUUGCCGCGAAGAAGCUAUGCGAGCAACGUACGGAAACCAAGACGUUAUCGUGGAGGAGGGUGAGUGCUUGUGUGAAAACUGUGUCAAAUCUCGACAAUACAUUCAGUAUGAGAGAACGAACAAAGCUUUGGACCACAGUCAUCCAGAGAACGUGAGCAGUGCUCGGACAGCUCAGUGGCGAGCGGGACAGGCCCACUGGACCGGGAUCAGCUUCUCUGAUGAUGACAUCGAAAUCAUGGCCGACACCGACUACUACCACGAUAAAAAUGUGUUUUAUAUUGACCCAUCAGUGGCCAGAAGUUUACUGAGUGAGUUUUUAGUGAGAGACACCCCGAGGAGGUCUGAUCUACAUAUUCAUAUGGACACUCGGACCAAGCGACAGAAAUUCGUAGCACGCGCCGUGAUGAUAGUUUCCAUGACAAUGUUCACGGUCAGCGCCCUCUUGGUAAUGGUUUCCCUGAUCAUGUCCGACAAGAUAGAUGAUCUAGUAAGAGGAAAUAACAAUCUUCUCCACAAGCCAAUGCUUUCCAGCACGCCCAUAUCCAUAGUAACAAACCUUACUGACGUCAUCACGAACGUCACCAGAGGACAGGGUUGACAAUCAAGUGUCGACAAAAGACCGAGAUAACCAGAUGUCUGCAUUCCAGCACAUUGCAAUGCAUUCCCAUCCUUUGAAGUCCAGUAGUCUGACUGCCGGUCUUAGGGGUUUUCUAGUGCCAUAGAUUUGCUAUCUUAGAGAUACUUGUGAAUUUUGACGUGUUGAUGGUUUAUUUCUACGCAGCCGUAAGAGUUCAUUGGCUCUAUGGUGAAAUAGCAUAGAAACCGUUUCCUUCCUCCCACCCAUGUUUUUAUUCACAGGAACCAAAUCAUCGGAAGGCAGAUUUCCGUGAAUGUGCUAUUGAAAGACACACCAAAGUGACGACCGAUAAUGACUUAUUGCUGUAUUGCAGAAAAAAAACAACUUGUUUCUGCUUGGUUACAAUGAAUAUAAAUAUACCACGAAGUGGGUUUAUAAUAGACUAUUUUAGUCACAAGAAAUCUAUAGGUUUCCAUUUUUUGUAAAUGAUAUGGCCAACGCUAUGGACAUUUUUUUAUGCAGAACAAUAAUCAUAGCGAUUUGAUGACAGUUUACCUGUUGUUGUCGUUAGUUAACUAUGAUAUUGUUAUUGAAUUGUGGCGUAUCAUUUAGUUGAUAGGAAAUCACUCACCUGGCUGUACCAUUGAUGCAUCAUUAGAGCAAGGUUCGUGUUUGUCCAAGUCUUUAGAUUUGUUUGAGGACAAACAAAGAACUCGGUUCUCUAAACGAAUUGUGAUUAGGAAGCACUCUAAGAGAACAACGAAGCUGGAAACUUACUUUACUCUUGAUCGUUAUACUAUACAUCAACCAGAUACUCUUAUGGUACACAUAACACUUAGUGUACAUUGCAACGAAAUUAUUAAUUCAUCAGCAUGACGGUUGUUUGUAGCGGGUUCUAGUGACCGUGAAACAUUAGAUAUAGGGAUAAAAAUUUUAACGGAUUUUAAUCGAUAAUAUUACGCUUGAUGCAGCUAGAUAGACGAUAUAAAGGUGUCACCUUAAUGAGAACCAUUUGGAUAACUUUGUUUUGUUAUGGGUGUUCAUUCGGGUGAUCUACAAAAGUCAUUCAAUAACAUUUGAGAUUGUAAAUAUGCCCCAUCCUUUUACCUUCCACGCUUUGUGUGGCGCCUUAAUUAUUGAACUUCGUACGAAAUUUAUUCAGUAAACUGAGAGUUUUUGUUGACAUCUAUUUAAAUAGUACAUACGGUUUUAAAAGAGUAAACAAGAUUGACAUUGUGGUUUGAUAAUGUUUUAUUUUUUUUUUGUUCCAAUCAUAUUUUACCAUUGAUUAUAUGCGUAUAUAAUUGGUAACGCUUGAUCAGGGAUUCCAGCUAUUUGUUGUGCUGAAGAAGAGAGCGGGGAUUUAAUGGGGGCUGGUGGGGAAACCUUAUGGUCGUCCUUGAUGCUUUUUACCCAUUCAAAUACUAAUAUUCUGUCCAAAUAUCAAGUUGUUUUCCCCUGAAGUUUGUUACAACGUCAAAGAAUAAACAAACGCCAUGCCAUUUGAUUGGUUUCCUCUUGGGCGUCGCUUUCUUUGAAGCAGUUGAUUAACCUGAUGCAGACCGACGUGAUAAAGUGAUCGUGUUUCAUGAAUAUCCGUUCUCUCCGUGUUAUACAUUUUAUUAACCAUUUUAUUGAAUUACAUGAAAAUGAAAGUGAAGCCUCUGAAAAUAUUUCAUUCACAAAAAAGUUUUAAUCCAAGAGAUUUGUGAUUGUUGUUAUGGUAACCUUUUUUCUCAAUUCAGAUAUUUAUAUAAAUAUGCGUUCGUUAUAUGACAACGUGUAAUAAAAACGUUAUAUAUUUUUA